AUGAAACAUAGAGAAGAAAUGAUAAAACAGUUAUAGAAUAUAUAAGACCCAUAUGUAUUAUAAAAGCAAAGACAGAUAGAUGUAAAGAGGAAAUAUGAACAAUUAUUGGCUUAAGUGAAUCUAAUUUAUGAUGAAGAUGCAAAAGAACGUCAAUACUAAGUUGAUUUCUAGCGUUUCAUUCAUUUUUAUAAAUUUUUGGCUCGUCGACCAGAUAGCGAAUAAUCAAAUUAAUCAAUAGUGAACAGAUUAUAAUUAUGGGUUCCAGACACAAUAGUAUUGAAUGAUCGUGAAAUGCCAAAUUAUUGGUUGUAUUCAGAUUCAAGAGGAUAUGUAUUUAGAACAGAUGCUUUCACAUCAAAAAAUGUAAUUAGUAAAUUAGCUAAUUAUACAUCUCCAGAUGAAUUAGUUGCAGUUAUAAAGAAAUAAUAAUUUAGGAACAUGGAAUUAGUUGGGAAUGAAAUUAAAUUGGUGUGUUGUAGAGAUUUAUAAUCUCAAAUUAAUGUCAAUUUUUAAAAUAGAAUGGAUCUCACAAUAAUAUAAAAAUUUGUUAAAAGUAAUGGUCCAAAAGCUUUUAUAUGUAGAACUAUAUGGCGUAAAGAUAAAAAUCCUUAUUGUUAUAUUGUAACUAAUAAAGAAGAUUAUUUUUCAUAAACAACAAAUCCUAAAUCUGAAUUCACAAAAUAUAUUACUAAUGUUAAUCAAUAGAAUUCAUGUACAAUUGUUAAUACUUGUCGUGGAAAAUAUGUUGAUGAAACAGUUCCAUAUGUCAAAAAUAUUAUAAAUUAUAUUUAUAUACAUUUGCAUAUUUCAUUUAAGGAAUUUGCUGCUGAUUUCAUUAAAGAUGAAAGUGGAAUAUGGUGGUUUAUAAAUGUUAAAGGAUUUAUUAUUGAUAAAAGUCCAGAUAAGAUUCUUUGGAAAUCUAUUACACAUUAUGGAGAAGAUGUACAUGAAGAAGGAUAACCUAUAAUUUAAUAACAAUAAUCAAAAAUUAUAUCACCUAAAAAUAAAACUAAAGUUGCUGAUAUGUGUUAAAAACUAAAGAUUUGUAAAUAUUGUGAAUAAUCUUAUCCUGAAUAAUAUUUAUAAUAUAAAAUGACAUUAAAAAUGAUCAUUUAAACUGAUAAACAUCUUUAUUGGAGAGGUAAAACAUUUAAUUGGAUUGAAAGAUCAGAUGUAACCAAUUUAGAAGUUAGCAAUCUCUAUCAUGAACAUAAAGUAUGUAAAUAAUGUUACACUCUCUAUAAAGAAACAGAAUAACUUAUUGAAUUACAAUUAUAAUUUAAUAAAUAAUUAGGAUUACCCAGUGAUUAUGAUACUAUUAAUCAAAUGUUAACACUCAAAGCCAAUUAGGUGAAUAAUGAAUCUAUUAAAACAGGAUUAGAUGAAUCUAAAUAAAUUUUUAAUAUCUCUGCAACUAAAUAACUUAUACUCAAUAAUUAAUCUAUACCUAUUAUUCAUAAUACUGUUAUUAAAACACUUAAUCGCUUUAGAUUCAUGAUCUUAAUCCAUUCAAUUCGAGAUGUCCCUUAAAAUGUAGAUCUAUCUAAACACUAUUAUAUUGAAUGUAACAUCUUUGAUCAAAAAUUCAGAAUUAAACUUGAUCUUAUCACAGGUCAAAUCUUUGAUAAAGGUUAUUUCUUAACUCUCAAUAGAAUGCGUUUAUAUUACUUUUUUAGUGAUCAACGUAAAGGAUGGGUUGAAUAUGUAAAUCAAAUCAAAAUAUUACCAAUGUAUCUUUAUUAAGAAAAUAUCAAAAUUGGUACCUUAGAAAUAGAAUUACAAGAUCUCCUUUCAGAAAGAGUUAUCAGAAGAGAAUUCCUAAAAGUUUUUAGUGUCAAGGAUUGCUAUCCAAUCUUAAGUUGGUCCUUAAAUGUAUACUAUUAUAUAUAAAUUAAUAAAGUUGACUUUAGGAUUAGUAGAUUCAGGCCCUGCUAAUGUUACUAGAAUUAAAUUACAAGAACAUUUUGGGAUUUAAUUACCUAAUCCUGAUUAUUGUACUUGUGAACCUCUUCCGGCUGAAUGGAUGACAAUACUAAAUUAGAAAAAAGAUGUAGAUCUACAUAGAAGUGAAAGAUAAAUUACUAAUCAUACCUUAAAAAGAGUUUCAACUGCUCAUGCUAAAUUACAAAAAAGUAGAUUUGAAGGAUCCUCUUUGCAUUAAGACAUGGAAUCGUUCAACGAUUCAACUAAAGAAUUAUAUAGUCAACUUAAUUUAUAAAAAGAAAUAUAAUUAUAUGAAAUUGAUGAAGAUGAACGUAAAAAUAAGAAAAGAAGAUUAUUUUAAUAAUAUGAUUUAUGA